GAUCAACAAGGAUUAGGAUUGAAAGUGAAAAAUUGUCAUGUUGAUAAGAAAAAGUCAAAGGCUACAACAAGAAUCACGAUCUAGAUGAAAAAACAACAUCUCGACAUCAUUAUAAAAUGGAUCUGAAUAAGGAUCACGUCCACGAGGAGCACGAAGAAUUACGGGAUGAUCAACACCAUCAUCAGGAUCAGGAACGUGAUGAACGUCGUCAACAUGCAGAUGCGUCAUUAUCCGCUACUGCAUCCAUCCCGGACCACGCACCCGCUGAAAGUGUUGUAUUAGGUAAGCCGUGGAUGUUUCGUGUGCUGCUCUACAAAGGGUUUCGGGCAACUCCUGACAUAAUCGAUCUUACGCAGUGGAUCGCGGACGCGCGGCAAGGUCGGGGAGAUCACCCGCUCUUCAAAGGCUUGCCGGAGCCUCCUCGGAGGAAUGCGAAUGCGGCAUCAAGGGCAACAUCAAAUCCUUAUAAAAGUCUACAUAACACUAACAGCGCGCUUUUACACGAAGGAGUGGAGAUUCCACGUGGAGAACUUAGGCCGGAGGAGAUUGAUGAGGCAACCGCCCGGGCUGCAGUGACAGACAGGUUGUCGACGGCAGUGGAUGCUUUUGGUCGCAUUAUCAUGGAUCAUCAUGAUGUUGGUGGUCGUCCAGAAGUGAUGUCCACUGAACUAAAAGAACCACUGAAGGAAGAUCUGAUCGCUGGACGUGUACGGGUGCGAGAGCUGUUAUGGUAUUUGGCGAAUAAAGUUAUUCCGGGAAAACCGAUUUGGACGGAAUUAACGCUCCUGAAGAAUGACAAGGUUAUUCUUGUUAAGGCUGGAAAGAGCCUGCCUCCACCUCCACGUCAAUCCCGUGAAAAUAUUGAAGAGGUUCCUUGUUGUUGUUCUGUUGUACAGAGGGUUCUGUAGUUGUACAGAGGCUUUUGCACCACUGAGGCCAGUGCCACUGGCUCGAGUAUUUUCACGAAAUCGCUUCAGUUCACCACUGGACGUGUCAGCGUUGUUAGGGCUAGUUCUAAUACUGAUGAAACCGCGGACAGCAACGACUGGCACUGGGAGGAACGACUUUGUGAGCUCGAUGAGCUAGUCGAAUUUAUAGACCACCAGCACGAGACUAAAAGUCGAAUCCAAAGCCAAACUAACCAGCAGCAUCAGGUGCAGGAGCAGGUGGAGGCAGCAGAAGAUUUAAAAUUCUCUAGUCCUCGUUGUCGUUCUGAGGACAGGGCAUCCAUCUAUUCUUGCAGUGUUGAGGGUCAAGAAGCUUCUACGGGAACUACCCAAAGCCGCGGUAGUGGGACAAGAAGUGCAAAUGAUCAUAGACUCGCUGCGCAUCUUCUUCUUCAUGAAGGCAAAAAUAAAGCAAAAGGAGAACAUGCUGCUGUUGAUGCGGUUGAGCAAAACCAAAAUGGAAAUAAGGGAGAUGAAGUUCCUCGUGUUGCUGUUGAGCAAGAUGAGGAUGUUGAUGAAGGAGAACGAGUUUACUAUCGGCUUGUCGAUCACAGCGAAGAGGAUGACGAGAUUUCCUAUCUGACUGAUGCAUGGCAUUUACUCAACGUCAACAAAGGGGAGCACGUGGAUGAUGUGUUCAGGCGCACGGAAGCGGAACAAGACAGGAGCAGACAUGGAUAUAACAGCGGAGAAGACGAUCCAUGGAAAGCAUGA